AUGCCAGCGAUAUUAAGUAAAAACUUCGAUUUGGAGUUCGACUCCUUACAACCGUGCUUCUACCCGGACGAGGAUGACUUCUACCUCGGUGGGCCAGACGCUGCACCGCCGGGCGAGGACAUCUGGAAGAAAUUCGAGUUACUCCCCACUCCUCCUCUGUCUCCGAGUCGGGCUGCGCUACCAGGGGACGCGGGGGACAUCGCUGAGGGAGCCGGAGACUGUUCGCCCAUGGGUUUUGGAUUAACAGACCCACUAGACUGGGCUUCCGAGCUCCUACUGCUACCUGAGGAUGACAUUUGGGGCGCGUCGGAUGGUGACCUCUUUGGCUCCGCUUUGGAUACGACAGAUAAUUCCAUCAUUAUUCAGGAUUGCAUGUGGAGCGGGUUUUCCGCACGGGAGAAGCUGGAACGGGUGGUGAACGAGAAACUCGGGAAAGCCAUCUCCUCCGUGACCGGUGCUGGAGUCAGUAAAAGCACGACCGUCAAGGUCACAGAACUCAACCGUUCCAUAUCUGAGUGCGUGGACCCAACCGUAGUUUUCCCGUUCCCAGUCAACAAGAGAAAAUGCAGCAGCGAUGACCAAAGCAUGAACCAACUGAGAACCUUGCCCUCGCCCUCUGUCAACAGAGGGGCUGACAACACUCCCAGCGACUCUGAUGAGGAUGGUGAAGAUGAUGAUGAAGAGGAGGAGGAAGAUGAGGAAGAAGAAGAAGAAGAAGAGGAAGAAGACGAGGAGAUUGACGUCGUCACUGUGGAAAAGAGACGUUCGACCACCAGCAGGACACCCAGUGGCGGCCCGUCUGGAAACGGGUCGUCCACCUCAGGCAGGACAAGCUCAGGGGUGAGCAGAGCUCCACAAGAGCUGAUCCUCAAGAGAACAGCAGCAACCUCCAUUCACCAGCAACAGCACAACUAUGCAGCCCCUUCCCCUUACUACGACCACCAGGAUGUCCCCAGCGGCCCCCCCAGCAAGAAACACAGACCCGACAGCAGUAACGGUGGCGGGUCGUCCCGCGGAGCCGCUGGCGGGCGGGGUCAGGUCUCCUCCCCCACCUCACCCUCGGCCGCCGCGACCUCGACCUCCUCCGGCGCCGUGGCGACCCAAAGGCCCAGGAGAAACGACGGCGGCAGCCCGCGAGGGUCCGACUCUGAGGACAGCGAACGUCGGCGAAACCACAACAUCCUGGAGAGGCAGAGACGCAACGACCUGCGUUCCAGCUUCCUGACUUUACGCGACCAGGUGCCCGAGCUCGCCCGGAACGACAAAGCCGCCAAGGUGGUGAUCCUGAAGAAGGCCACGGAGUACAUCAGCUCUCUGGAGAAGCACGAGCUGCGACUGCAGGAGGAAAAAGACCGACUGCACGCCCGGAAACAACAGCUCAUGCGUCGGCUGGAACAGGCCAGAACUCGCUAA